GUAUGACUCGGGACGGGAUGGAUACAUCGACCUGAUGGAGCUGAAGCUGAUGAUGGAAAAGCUGGGAGCCCCACAGACACACCUGGGGCUGAAGAACAUGAUCAAGGAGGUGGAUGAAGACUUUGAUGGGAAGCUCAGCUUCCGCGAG